AGUGAUCGUAAAAGUAUUCAAAAAGUACAAAAUGUCCCUCAGAUACUUUGACUUGAAAAGUGUUCUGUUUGUUUUUUUCUUAUGGGUUUAUUGUCGACAAUAUUAUCGUGUAAAUGAUCAAUUAAGGGACAUGCCAGGACCACUUCACGAGGUAGAAAUCCCAUUUCGAAAAGCCACCUUCGGCAUGGGCUGUUUUUGGGCAUGUGACGCAUUAUUUGGGGGAACCCCCGGAGUAUUACGCACCCGCGUCGGAUAUUCAGGAGGUUCCAAAGAGAAUCCAGAAUAUCGAAACUUAGGUGACCACACGGAAGUUAUUGAAAUUGACUUUGACCCCAAAACAAUAACCUACGAAGAACUACUAAAACUAUUUUGGGACAAUCAUGAAUAUGGACUUACAACGAUAAUUAAGCGCCAAUAUAUGUCCUUAAUUUUAUAUCACGACGAUGAUCAAAAAAGGAUUGCCGAAAUUUCUCUGAAAAAAGAAUCUCACAAACGAAACGAAAAACUCACUACCGUUAUCGAGGCAGCGCAAACAUUCUAUGACGCUGAAGAUUAUCAUCAGAAAUAUAGACUGCAACAGCACAGAUGGUUAGUUGAAGCUUUAGAACUUACGCCGGAGUUACUAAAAAAAUCCCAUGUGGCGGCUAAACUUAACGGCUACUUAUCAGGUGUGGGAACCCCCGAAUUUAUAGAGGGGGACCUUAUACGAUUAGGAUUGUCUAAGAACAUAUCUGAUUAUAUUAUUCAGCAGCACAGCGGAAAUUUGGGCGGCAAUUUGUACUGUUGAUAGACGACACAGAAUAGUUAAUUUUUUGUUUUAAUGUCCAGUAUGUACAUGAAUUGUACAGUAUUAAUUUUAACAUAGGAAAACUGUACGUCUUUAGAAAAGUCGAAUGGGAAAAUACGAAUUGUAUUAAUAAUACUUUAAAAUAAACGUUUUUGCGUGAACAA